AUGCCCAUACCUAAUCUCGAUGACAAUCCUACGGACGCUUACGAAUCUCAAGCACAUGCGCAUCCAGAGAACUGGAGACCAUACGAACGAUCAAGGGUACACAGAAUCGACCAACGCCACGAGUUACCCCAAGAACUCCUAUACGAAAUCAGCGAAGCAUAUGACCGGGUAACCCCACAAGAUCUCGUGGACUGCGUCUUCGUGGUGACCCGUUCAAGUGUCCAGGCCUCCACCGAGUCCAUAUUCCUGGUAGAAAAGGUCUUCGCCUCGCUGGAACAAGCUAAUAUAACCGCGAUGGACUUCUUUUGGGACUACUAUGGUACCUUUUUUCAAGGGAGUGGGAGGCAGGACAGAAUUAAUUUCUUUUGGCUGGGAGAUGAGAUCGCUGGCUCCAACGGAGUGGGAUGGUGGGUUGAUCCCUACGGAGAAUUACGUUUGACUGCUUUAAAUGCGGAGGGGGAUAAAUUUGUCGUUGAGGUGCAUGCUCGGGUUUUGGAGUGA